AUGUCAUCAUCGCUCCCGUUCACAAGUAAAAACAUACCUGCACUCGCAGGUUGGGGUGACAAUGUACCUACGGUGCGCCCCUCCUCUCCUGCAAAUCUGUCGCGUGAUGGUUUUAUUAUAAAUGAUCUCGACCGUUCUUUCGGCUCAUCUAUGUCGAUUUCGUCACUCGACAGCCCUCAUCGCUCUGUGCGACGGGAGCGUGCCUCAACACAAUCGGCUAUAGGGGUGCAUUUGGAUGAUCCGUUUGCUGCGACAGCAUAUGAAGGCUUCCUAGUGCCAACAUCUAUACCACCCACUUUUGCACACGUUUCUUCUAUACCAUACCGCGGCAUACCUGACAGUUCACCCCAUGCAAUGGACAUAUCAUCACCAGCUGUUAUCAUGGAGCCACCUGCAGGCAAGACUCCCGCCGCCUUUCGGUCAAUUCAGCCUUCUUCUGUCUCUUUUUUGGGACGUGAUAGUGGUACGAUGCGGUAUUCUAUGCCUGCUCUUGGACAUCAUUCGAACCUGAUGUCGCACCAGUCAACACCGGAUAGCCCGGACUACCGACGGCCUCCGAAAAAGCGUUUAGCAUCUACAAGUCAGCUGCAAGAUGCGUCGUUUGAGACAGAUGGCCCUGGACGCUGCGUGUUUUUUGAUGAAAAAAAGGGCCGAAUUCCCGUACAAAAUAAGUCACGGCUGCACUCACGGACGCAAAGUGAACUGUUGUGGUGGGAAAAAACAGAGUUGGAUUGGAACACAGCAGAUGCAAAAGAUCCCACUUCUGUUUCACCCACAGAUACGGCACGCCCAGACUGGCUGACAGCGGACGACAGCACUGCAAGUGAUUCAUUUCUGGCGCCCACGCAGCCAGCGAAAUCUGUUUCUCCUAUGGCGAAUUAUUUCUAUGACCCCCAGUCACCUUAUGUCAGUAUGAUUAGUGCCGUUCCUUCUCCUGUUUCAUCUCCGAGCCUUACUUCUACUGACCAGAACUGGGGCAAACGAUAUCAUACUUCCACGCUACCUUUACCAGAAGUGCGGGCGCCACUGUCAUCGACAAGUUUCAAUGCAGAUCCCAUCAUGCUCGAUGAACCCAGUGAAGAUGGGCCUGUCCAGACUGGAUCGCCUGUGCGGUCAUCUGUGCGGCGGAGCUCACUCUCUGGGCCCAGGCGCACGAAAACUACCAACGAUGCUCUCACAUCGAAGGAAAACGUGCCUCCUGUUCCCUCUACAGCUCUGUCCCACAUUCUGCCCGGAUUUGGUAAUCACGAGCUCGAGCAUAAGGUUUUGCCCUGUUUCCCCGUAAAGAGUGACGGUCUUAUGCGCGUAUCUUGCCAAACUGUUCGUGAUCUAAUGAAAGGCCAUUAUGAUGAUCGUGUUUCUGGCUAUCAGAUUGUCGACUGCCGCUUUGCAUAUGAGCACGAAGGUGGACACAUUGCAGGGUCGAUCAACCUCAACUCGAUUGAGCAGAUCCAGCAGCAUUUCCUCACGCCUGGUUCUGGUCUGCAUGCAGAACACGCGCUUCCUCCCCGAACACAAAGCGGACAUCCUGAUGAACAAGGCAGUACGCGCAAAUUUGUUCUCAUUUUCCACUGUGAGUUCAGUUUUAAACGGGGCCCCUGCUUGGCAUUGGCGCUACGCCAAGCGGACCGCUCACUUUCCAACGACUAUCCAAAAUGCCAUUUUCCCGACAUGUACAUUCUUCAGGGUGGCUAUGCUGAAUUUUUCCGGACGUGUCCAGAGAUGUGUGAGCCAAGGGCUUAUGUUGGCAUGGAUGAUCCUCGCUACUUGCGCAAGCGCUCCUCCGAGUUAUCUGGUUUCCGACGCCAGUUUUCGCGCAAUCGCAGCUUUGCUUAUGGGGAUGGUCAGGUGACUGGCUCGGCAGCUGCGCCCAUUGGGAGCAUGCGCCGUGCACCGAGCCUUAUGCCUUCGCUGCCACUUCCGACCGUGACAGGCUCGCCGCCACGUUUUUCAUCGACAGAAGUGGCUACUGCUGCGAAGACCAAAAUUGGCAGCACGACAGCAGCUCAGCAUCGAAUGGGCCAUAUACCCGCCUUUGGAAAAGCAUCCUCGUUGGCGCCACCUGAUUUGGCGCGUGAUGUAAGCUAUUCAUCAUGCGAUUCGUCGUUUGAUGGUAGCACGACAGAUUCACCAUGUGCUGUGGCACGGUCAGGACGGCCUGCUUUAAUGGACCUACCACAGCCUCAGCAGCGAGCUGCAAUGGCCAACCGGUUGUUGAGGCGUGCAGACACCACGCCCUCGGUGACGUUACCACCGUAG